GGGGAGCGUGGGCGGGGCUACGAGACAGAGCUAACCAACGGGAGACACAGUAAGCCCAUAGGAACGGGAAGUCACCAAUGGCCACAAGGCAAUGACUAUAUGGGCGGGUCUUAGACCUAAAGCGUUCAAAGAGCGGCGUUUGUCCGCUGCGUUUUUUUUUUUUUGCCGUCACGGCACCGCCUCUACGUUCCUCGUUCCAUUCAUUCUGUUUUUUUUUCCAUUCCCAUUCACUGUAGUAGUAAGGCCUAGUCACGAGUCAUGGAGAACACUCUCCCGGUGGCCGGCUUCCUAUACUGGGUGGGCGCGAGCACCAUUGCCUACCUGGCCCUGCGAGCCUCAUACUCGGUCUUCAGGGCCUUCCAGGUGUGGUGCGUGGGCAACGAGGCCUGGGUCGGCCCGCGGCUCGGAGAAUGGGCAGUUGUUACAGGUGGCACUGAUGGAAUUGGCAAAUCAUAUGCAGAAGAGUUAGCAAAGCGUGGAAUGAAGAUUGUCCUGAUCAGCAGGUCCCAGGAUAAACUGAAUCAGGUUUCCAACAACAUCAAAGAAAAAUUCAACGUUGAAACAAGGACCAUUGCUGUCGACUUUUCAUUGGAUGAUAUUUAUGAUAAAAUUAAGACAGGCCUGUCUGGUCUUGAGAUUGGCGUUUUAGUGAACAAUGUGGGCAUGUCAUACGAGUAUCCAGAAUACUUUUUGGAAAUUCCUGACUUGGACAACACCAUCAAGAAACUGAUAAAUAUUAAUGUGCUUUCCGUUUGCAAGGUGACACGCUUGGUGCUGCCUGGCAUGGUAGAAAGAUCUAAAGGGGUGAUUCUCAACAUCUCCUCUGCCAGUGGCAUGCUCCCGGUUCCACUGUUGACAAUCUACUCUGCAACCAAGGCCUUUGUAGAUUUCUUCUCUCAGUGCCUCCAUGAGGAGUAUAAGAGCAAGGGCAUCUUUGUGCAGAGCGUCCUGCCAUACUUUGUAGCUACAAAAAUGGCAAAAAUACGGAAGCCGACCUUGGAUAAGCCUUCUGCAGAGACAUUUGUGAAGUCUGCAAUUAAAACAGUAGGUUUGCAGACCCGAACCACCGGCUACAUGAUCCAUGCUCUCUUGGGCUCAAUAAACUCAAUCUUGCCUCGUUGGAUUUAUUUUAAAAUAACCAUGGGUUUCAACAAGUCUUUGCGGAAUCGAUAUCUGAAGAAAACCAAGAAGAACUAAGUGCUGCUGAGUCAUUGAGCCCCUUGGCCAGAUGCUUGACCUGUGCCUGCAUACCAGGCAGUCACCUGCCUGUCCCCAGAAUCUCUACUGCCAUCUCAGUAAUUACUAACAUGGCAUAGUUGUCGGAAAAAAAAUUCCUUUUAGAGGCUUCUAACAUAUUCUAGAUAUAACCAGGAGUAAUUUGAAGUCUAAUGUAAAUGUUCUUGGCAAAUGUAUGUAGAGCACUUUGAUAGAAAGGAACAAAUAACAGAGGUAGACGCAGACCCAUCUGGCCCAGAAUGCCAAUGAUCACGUUAUAUUUGGUCUGGAACCUACUAAAAUGUAAUGGCUAGCUACUUUUUUAUGUUUAACAUUAGAGGGAAUGGGGCUUAGUUAACUUGCUGUGGGCAGAUACAAUGCAGUUUACACCAAUUUCUGUAAGGUUUUCUAAAGGUAUGUUCCAGUUUACAUAUUUAUAUGGAACUGGUCUUCUCAAAAGAAGCUAAGACAUGAAGAGAAUUGAAACACAGAAUUCUUUCUAACACAUAAGUGCACAAAAUGUUAUUCUUGGAACACACAUUAUGUCUGCUCUGUUCAAAUGUAUGUAAAUACUGAAUGCUAUAUAGUGUGACUGAAAUGUAAAGGUAAGUGGGCCAAAGUGUAUGUCAAGACCAACAACAUCCUGUGGUGACUCGAGAUCCAGGAAAGCAGCCUGUGUGGGCAUCCAGUGUUCGUUAUAUCUUCACUGCACCCAUAUUACUUGGCUAGGAUGACAGACUCCUUCUGUGGUAGUAAGGGGUCAUAGAAACAUGUUUUUUCUAAGUUGGUGUCUCAUAUUUAGAAUUCAUAUAUCUGCUUUUAAUAAAAGAUGUAACCGUGGUGUUGAAAUGGAAGUAUAUAUUUUUUUAAAUUUUUUAUUUAAUGUAUGUGAGUACACUGCAGCUGUCUUCAGACACACCAGAAGACGGCAUUGAAUCCCAUUACAGAUGGUUGUAAGCCACCAUGUAGUUACUGGGAAUUGAACUCAGGACCUCUGGAAGAGUAAGUGCUCCUAACUGCUGAGCCAUCUCUCCAGCCCCCAAAGUGUAUUCUUGAUGGGGGAAAAUAAAGCCACAGUUACACUGCCUUAAAGUAAGCUAAGGCUGACUACAGGUGUCAAAGCAUGCACAAAGAAGAGUUAGUUCUACAAAAUGUUCAAUUGGACACUCAUUGUGUGCAUAGGUUUCAUUCAAUUCCUAGUUUGAAAGACCACCAAAUCUACUUAAAAUUUUAAUUGAAGUAUUUAAGUAUUUCAAACCGCUAGUUUCAUAAGCUAGUGAAACAGUUCCCCAAACCCAAACAUAUACACAUAAAAAAAAAAUCGCUAUCUGCUCCGAAAAUCACUAUGUAAAACUAUUCUAUCAGUCCUCAAUUAGGUUGCACAUAAUCUCAGAAUAUAGCAUAGCCAUUUAAAUCACAUACAUUUAGCUUUCUGAAAAGCACCUGUUUGCCCCUUUUCCCCAUCAUUUUGCUGUAAAACUGGUAACCUGAUUGCUGUCUUCUUUGUGCUUCUACUCUGGCUGCUCUGGUAGUUUUGGUUGAGAGAUGGCGGGGCAGGUUCUCACCUAUAGGCAAAAAGGGGAAAGGUUUCUCUACAAGCAUAAUAUGCUGCAGGGUGCAAACUCUGUUUCCUGUGCCAGUAAGAAGGUAGCUGUAAUCCUAGCUGGGAGGCCCUUUAGCAGCUUCAGAACUUUCCUGUUCUGGCUUUCUGCUGUAACGUGUCACACAUUCUCUUGUGUUUUACACUCAGUGAAGCUGAUGACAAGAAAACAUACAUUUCAAGUGCCUUGAAAGAAAAGUUUUAAUAAAACCAUGUGCUCAAAGUCA